GUACCAUUUCUAAAGCCCCCAAAAUAUAAAAUUGUAGGUUUAUUUUUAAUAAGUUGAAAAGCAACAGGCAGUAGUGGGGAACUAAGCAGCCAAUUUAUUUUAAAAACACAGCAGACAAAUACAUAAUGUGGAUGAUGAUGUACUAAAGUUCAUUUUUAAAAUACAGCUAAUAAACUCUGAGGACAUAUCUGCAUCCCAUGCACCAUUAUAGCAACAUGCACAUUACUUAUGACACACUAACAGUAUUUUUGUCUAAUGCAAAAAAGAUGUAAAGAUCUGAAUUUGAAUGAAUAUCUGAGGUAACGGCUCUUAUAUUUGAAUUAGGGAGUGAAAUUAAUGCAGUUCUGUGAAGCAGUGGAGGAAGCAGAAUUCACUCAGGAGAUUAAGUGAACAUCAGAGCGGAGCGAGGACCUGCUGAGAUGCUGUGGAGUUUGGUUUUCAUCUGGGUUAUAACAACCCAAUAUGUAGCUGUGCAGACAACAGAUCUCUGCAACAAACGGAGCAUAAACCUGAUGGUGAAGAAAGCAUCUCAGUCCUCAACCUUUGAUUCGAUACAUGAUGAUGGAGAACACAUUAUCCUUUCCAGAGCCUUUGAUGAGGAUCCUGACACAUGUUGUGUCACCGAGAAUCAGACUAACUCCUGGUGGAGAAUUGAACUGCAGGGGAUUUACAACAUUUCCUGCAUCUCUAUCUAUACUAACCCAAAUUAUGUAGCUUACAUAUCUGGAGCUCAGAUCUAUAUCGGGAACUCUCUAGAGAACAACGGCACCAACAACAGGCUGGUUUACAACAUCACAGCUGACAAAGGACAGGAGAUAAACUAUAAAAAAUUUUAUAUGACUGUCUUCAGCUUUACCACCUCAGCGUUGGGGCGAUACGUCACUGUGUUCAGACCAGGCCAAAAUCAUCUGGUUCUUUGUGAGGUGAACAUCUCUGGCACCGAGAUAAAAUCUCCCUUUAAGCUGAUCAACAUUAGCAAGACCUGGGAAGACUCUCGGUCCUACUGCAGGGCUAAUCACACAGAUCUGGCCUCCAUCCGGGAUGAACAGCUUCAGGUCUUUGCUGAGAUAGAGGCUGAGAAGGCCAACAGUCCCUUUGCAUGGAUCGGCCUUCGCUACGUCUGCAGCAAGCAGUUCUGGUUCUGGGUUGAUCGUUGUACAAUUGAUUAUGAAGACUGUGGCAUAAGAGGAGCCAUGAAAACACAAGGGGAGCAUAAAUGGUUUGAAAGGUCUGAUUAUGAAAAGUUCAAUUUCAUCUGCGCUUUGUAGGGCUGGAAGAUUUUGGCAAAAAUCUAAAUUGCGAUAAUUUUCAACCAACAUUGUGAUUGCGAUUUCAAGUUGAUUUAUCUUUGCAAGCCUGUCAAUUUUUCACUCCAGGGUUUUCGUUUCUUUCCCUUACCUUGAAAGCAUAUUGUUUCAUAGUCCAGUGUUGCAGGGCUUUACUGUAAUAGUUGUUUGAAAAGUUCUUACUUCUACUUGCAUGCAUAGACCUGCAUGCUAGCUGGAAGUUCUCUUUCCUUUUUUGUGGAAGAGAAUCCACUUUAAACAUAUUUCUGCUACCUAGAGAGCUGGAGUAAGAAAACUUUUGUCUCUAAGUCUUGUCAAAUGUAAUGUGACAGAAACUGAGUGUCUGUGCAAUUUCAACAUUGCAUUUUGUUAAAUUGUGAUUAUAUUGCAAAUGUAAUGAUUUACCUAGCUCUAGUGCAUUGUAAUACAACCUCAGCCUAAACACUCCUCCUCUGAUUGUAGCUGUAAUAUUUUCAUUUAAUCAUUUUUGUUUUACUUUAUCCUGA